AUGCUUGGGCUCAGGGCUGGCCCAGCAAGCCCACCAGCAGCCAUGAGUAACCAUGUGACUGCCCGGAGGUCAAAGCUCUGCGUCCAUCCGCGAAAAGACGCCCGAAAGACGGGACAUUUCGCAACCCCCCGACCCUUCUGUNGCUUCGCACCCGCAGACACCCAAUCAGCGAAGGGCGAUGGUGAAUUGUCCCGCGGCUUCAAGUCUUCCUCCUCCUCAAACAUCCCGAAUUUAUCGUCAAGUGGUGGAAGCUCCCAAGGAGGCAGAGCUAAAAAGUUGUCGCUAACUGGAGGCAACACUAAUAGAAGAUCAGGUCGAGGGAUCGAAUACAGCGGAAGUAGCAGCAAAAGCACUAGGAACAUUACUACAUCUAGUAGCAGCUAUCAACCUACUCAAAUUGGAAGUAUGAAGUUCAGUAUGGGGGAGAUUCGCAAAGCCUCCAACAACUUCUCUCCCUCUCUCAAGAUUGGGCAGGGUGGCUUUGGCACCGUCUACAAGGGUACCCUCGAAGAUGGCACUGUCAUCGCCAUCAAGCGAGCCAAGAAGAGCGUUUAUGAUAACCAUCUGGGCACAGAGUUCCAGAGCGAGAUAAGGAUUCUGGCGCGGGUGGAGCACCUCAAUUUGGUAAGGUUCCUUGGUUACUUGGAGGGUCAGGAUGAGAGGAUUGUGGUGGUUGAGUAUGUCCCCAACGGAACUCUAAGAGAGCAUCUUGACGGCCUCCAUGGAAGUUACCUCGACCUUGCUGCUCGGUUGGAUAUUGCUAUCGAUGUCGCUCAUGCUAUUACAUAUCUUCACAUGUAUACAGAUCAUCCUAUCAUCCACAGAGAUAUUAAGUCAUCCAAUAUUCUUCUUAAUGAGAACCUGCGUGCCAAAGUCGCUGACUUUGGGUUUGCUCGAUUGGGUGCAACCGAGGCAGAAGUGACACAUAUUUCAACACAGGUUAAAGGCACUGCAGGCUAUUUAGAUCCUGAGUAUCUCAGAACUUACCAACUAACUGAGAAAAGUGAUGUCUACUCCUUCGGUGUGUUGCUUGUGGAAUUAAUAUCAGGAAGGCGCCCCAUAGAACCUAAAAGAGAACUAAAAGAACGAAUCACAACGAAAUGGGCGAUGAAGAAGUUUAUGGAUGGAAAUGCAGUUGAAGCACUAGACAAAAAUAUCCUAAGGAACCCGGCAACUAAUUUGGUAUUGGAAAGGUUCCUGGAGCUAGCCCUUCAAUGUCUAGCUCCUACAAAACAAGGGAGACCCAGCAUGAGAAGGUGUGCUGAAAUUUUAUGGAGCAUACGCAAGGAUUACAGGGAUCCCUCAUCUUCAGAUUCCUUCCCCCAACGUGCUCAACUAAGAAAGCACUUCCUCACACAAUAGACAAGCUUAUGACAACUUUUUCUACUUUCCCUAGCUUUCUCAAGAAAUCCAUAUCCCCGUCCAUCAUAUUGGAGUUCUAGGAGCUGGUUUGGAUGUGUUGUUGAGCUUCGACAGAAACUUGAACAGAUCGUAUGAUAAUAUUAUUUGUGUCUAGCUACAAGCAUUGCAGAACAGAAAAGCUAGCCUUGUACAUAUAGAAUACUAUCGCUUCUCUAAUUCA